GAGUUGACAACAAUCACCACAGCUUGUCUGCCAACUUCUGUAACACCUGCAACUACAUGUACAGUGACAGUCAUGCCAUCCAGAACAGCAACAACAACGACAACAACAACAACUGCAGGCCAACCAACUGUCUCUCUUAUUAACCGAGUAAGUGUAGGGACACUGUUUUAUUGUCUGCAGUCAUUUUAUCAUUAACCAUUCAAAGCCUGGAUGAAGAAACAGAUUCUCCUUACCAGACUCCUCACAUUACUGAGACAAAGUGUAGGAGAAGUUUGUUCCACUUGAAAGAGAUUCAUGUUUCAUUGAUACCUGACAACCUGCUUUGAAUGCACUGAUAAUUCUACAUGAGGAAUUUUUGAAGUAUACAACUACCUUGAUAUCAUAACUACAGUAUUUUGUCCAAGGCUUAGUCCUUAUUUUUUUUAUGAAGGUGAAAACCUUGUUGGUACAACCACCUCAUUAAAACAACCAGGGCUCAAUUUAAUAAAACUUUUAUAUGUGUAAUUUACAAGUUGUCAGACUCUAAAACAAUGGCUGCACUAAAUUACACGUGUAAAAGUUUUAUUAAAUUGACCCCAGGAUUUCAUAGCUCACACAUGUCGAUUUUAUGAAGUUCCACUGUACAUACACUGUACCUAUAUAUUAAAUGAUCACAUUCUACAGGUCAGAGUUCAGGUGACUGUGUUACAGAUACAUGUAAAUAAGCAAGACAUAGGUGUCUCAAAGGCCUAAUAAUGACCAUCCAAGCUGCUGCGGAAACACUGUUUGGCUCAGUCAGUUCUGUACUAUUGACCUGUGAAAUGUGUUUAAUAUUAGACCUGCUAUUGUUUCAUCCAGGUUUCUUUCAUCAAAAAUAUGUUGUGCGUUGACUCUCAUGAAAUAAUCUCCCCAUCACUACAUACAAUGUACCAGUAGGGCAACAUGCAUCAUAUGUAAAAUUAUUUGUCAAUACAGAGAACAUGAAAUAAAUAAUUGCUCAUUAGACGUAGUAUUUACAGCGGUCUCACCUAAGCGACUAUAUAAGACACAUACACCUUGCAUUCAUAAUCUUCUUUAUCACCUUCAAGAGAAUACACUUCAGUGGUUGCUAUAUAUGGCUUUACACCUUUCCUUGCCCACUCUCUGCUUCGUGGCUCCUCUUCUGGUGGUUUUUUUUUUUCUCUCUUCCCUCCUUAUCCCACCCUGCUCUAUCUCAGGUUACUAUCUCUCAUCCGGUAACGGCCGCCAGAUUUCCCCAUAAUUUCCUUAAUAGGAGCAUGGGCGAGAUAGUUGUAAAUUAAGUGUACUACUUACAUUGUACCGGGUCCCAUCUAAAUGAUAAAUUCAUCCUAUUUUAUUUUGCUGAUUUAGUCAAAGACACUUGUGCUAACAAGUGAGGAGCUGAGAUUGUUGGAAUUAGAAGGGGUCACACUGCCCACAGAUAUGCCACUGACAAAGGUAAAGAAAUUUUAAAACAAAAUUUGCUUUUAUUUUCACAGAAAUUUUUGCAAUUUUACAAGACAUUAAUGAAACAUCAUCCACUUCUUUUUGUAAAUUCAUACACAUUGUUUAGCUUUACCUAUGUUUUUUUUAACAUCCCAGGCUGAAGAAAAAGUGUUAAAGAAAGUUAGAAGGAAAAUUAAGAACAAGGUAUGUGACUUGCUAAUGCCAAGUUAACUCAAUAUCAUUUUUUUUAAUACAUGAAGGUUCCUUCAAUGUAACAUAUUUUUUAAUUGUUAAGUUUGGUAAGUUUUAGCCAUUACUAGCCCUUCUCUGACAUUGAACUGAUUUCUUGUUGGUAGCAAUCCGCACAAGAAAGUAGGCGGAAGAAGAAAGAUUAUGUUGGAGGAUUGGAGGAGAGGUUUGUUGAAUUUAUUUAAAUGUACUUAUGAUAUGAAUGCAUUUGAACCAUGGCAGGUCUCAAGUUGUCCUGACCUAAACAAAAUAUGAUUGCCUGAUUAGUUUAAAAUUAUUGUGUUCAAAGGACACUUGUUGCAGGUUAUUUUUUAUCUCUGGAGCUAAAUUUUAGUCUCCUUUGUUCUUACCUGUAGGUGUAGUAAUGUACCUUAAUGUCUUCAAAACAAUAUUGAACAUUAUACUGAACCACAUCAUAACAAGAUGAAAUUCUUUUUUUAGGGUAAAAGCCUGCACAGAACUCAACCAUAAUCUAACAAAGAAGGUGGCUAAUUUGGAAAAGCAAAACAAGUAAGUUGCCACAUUUUUUUGAUUUGUUAAUUGUGCAAAAGAGUGCAAUAUCAGUGUCCAUGUCAGAUUCCUUUGAUGGGUACAUAAAUUUACCUGUUGAAUGGCUGAGGCUGAAGCUUAUGGCCAGGUAAUGAAAAACAAAUUAAUGAACAUUGGAGACUCAUUCUGGGAUGAGGUCAAUUUAGUAUUCUCCAGGUUCACUUCUAAUCAAUAAAUUGCAUGGAAAAAAAAACAAAAGGGUGCAUGGCUAUUGUAAUACCUAAAGGAAAACAAUAAUUUCAUGCUUGAAAAAGAAACUGUUAUGUCUUAAAAAUGAUCAUCAUUAUUAUUUUUAUCAAUAAUUUGGUACUUGUAAAAUAUGCCAGUAGAUUGAUGAGGCUUCCAAAAUUAAUGUUCUUUUAGGUCUCUUCUUGACCAACUGAAAGAGCUCCAAGCACUGGUAGCAUCUACCCACCCGACAAAAGCCCAGGCUGGCACAUGUCUGAUGGUGCUGUUUCUGGCUUUUGGUCUGGUCCUUUUUCCUAUUAAUAAUAUGAACUUGGGAGAGCAGAAAGAUACUGUGGCAAAAUAUGCUCCAGCUAUUGGUGAGUCAUUAUUUCAGUAGGAGCGUCACUGUGAGAGAGGGUGAAACCAGAGAGAUGAACUCAAGGGCAUUGAACCUUUCACAAAUUAAAUAGGGGUAAUGGGAAAGCUAUAUCCUUUUAUGAACUAAUUUCAUGGGGACUAAUACUAGCUGUGUGUUUCAAAGAAGUGUCUAUCCAGCAUACAAAACUUAACUAUGGAACCCUGCCUCAAUGACCACCUUGGCAAAUGAUCACAUUAUUUUAACUUUUUCUUUUCUGGAAACUGUGUAAAUAUGUCCACCGCAUUAAGACAACCAGUAUUUGAUGGACUCGAGAAUGAGCCUGUGUUAUGCUAAAUUUGACAAUAGGACAGGCCUGGGGAUGAACUUUAACCCAGUUUCCUAGGCAACCCUCUCAUAGCCAAUUUAACAAAAACAGUCCCAUGGUGCAAUUUGAGACAACAGUUACCCAGUCUCCUGGGUUACCUCAAAGUGGCCAAUAAAAAUUAGAUGGCUAUUUCAGACCCUGUUUACACAGGUCAGGAAAAAUUUUUUUACUGGUGCCAACCAUUUACACAGAGCCAUGCAAAUUCUGUUACAGCACUGUUAACAUGAGUCUGAACAAAUUUUUGCUGGUGUCAUCAUUGGAAUGGCCUUUAGUAAAGACACCUAACUAGGCUUUAGGCUUUUAAUGUGCAAACUCUGCAAAGACUUGCAUGGUUCGGGUAUUAACACAAGCUAAAAUGGACCGUACAGGCCAAAAAUUUUGACCUACUUCUGAUCAGGUCAAAAACUUGCACACUUCGUCAUUCAUUAUUUUUUGGUUUAUUUUCAGUCCGAUCACGCACACUUCUUCAAGUAAACGAAGAGUACACAACUGAACCAGAAGAUGUUUCAGAGACACCUCCAUUUAAUUUGAACAAUUCAGACUAUCUCAAGGCAGCCUCCCCCAUCACAUUACAAGGUUCUAUAUCACAUGAAGUUACAGUGGAUGUCUCUGAGAUUGACAGAACAAGUCAAGAAAAUAAAAUAAAAGCUCACAAGCGGUAG